AUGUACGUGACGAGAACAUUGUCGCAGUUCAGAAAAUAUCAGAAGACGCUCUCGGAAGAGUCACCGGAAGGUCCGUUCUCCGGCGUUUUGGUUAUCACAGAUGAAGAAGCUGAAACAGAGGAUACGUUCUGUUUCGGGAUGUGUACGAGGACAAAAAUAGAGAAGCUUCCGUUACCUCAGGACAAGAUCUUAUCAGUUGUUCACUUAGACAGUUCUGGUAACAGAGAGACUUCGGUUAAGAAGGUCUUGUUCAUACCGGCUCUCGAUCAACCUUUGUCUUCCAAUCGGUAUUACGUUGUUCACGCUAGAGGCAGACACAAAGGGAAAGUUUCCGUGUGUUCUAGAGAGAUAGAGAAAGGGGUAUGUUGUUUUCCAGAUAUCUUGCAUGACAAGAAACCUAAACCUCUGGAUCCAAGAAACAUAUAUCAGACGGUUAAGAUCAACCGGCAUCACGACCGGACAUUCUAUGCAAAAUCUGUGGCGCCAGACGGUACACCGCCAACAUUUCUCAAGAAGAAAGGAUGGGAGCUACGAACCUCGAGGAGCCUACAUCCGAGGAGACCUAGAGAAGCUCUUGGCCUAGACGAGGAACUAAGAGCUCGUCUCCCAGCAUUUGGAUUUCCAGUUUCUACAAUUCGGUCAGGAAGUGUGAUAGUUGGAGAAUGGUAUUGCCCUUUUAUGUUUGUGAAGGAGAAUUGUAGUGUAAGUCAACAAAUGAGGAAGUCAAUGUUCUAUAGGAUCACACUAUCCCAAUACUGGGAACGAAUUUACCAUUGCGGAAACAAUGAUCUUGAUGAAAACAAUGAUGAAAACGAAGAAGAAGUUGUGAGAGUAGAGGCUAACGUCGUGAGAGAGGCCAACUAUGUGAAGGGUAUGGAGGCGGUUAAGGGAGAGAAAGAAGGGCAUGGAGGGUUUUAUUGGUAUAGGCAGGUUCAAGGUCCACGGGGACCGGGGGAGAGGAGGAGGAAGACGGGUUUAAGGUCUCCGGUGGGGCUGAGUUUUGUGGUGGUAGAAAGGAUGAGAAGGGUAAUGGAGGAAGGAGGGUGGGUGGGAGGAGGAAGGAAAGUGGUGAGGGUGGAGAGAGAUGAACCAAUCAGGGUUUGUAGAAGAGAUGGUAGGAAUAUGAAUGGUAACAAUGAUAGAAAUUGGAGGAGAUUUGGGUGUUAUGUGUUGGUGGAGAGUUUUGGGCUGAGAAGAGCAGAUGGAGUUUUGUUGGUUAAAUGUGUAUUUAGACAUACUAAUAGAUUGAGAUGUAACUGGGAGUGACACUUCAUCUUAUGUUAUAAAAUUUAUUACUUCUAUAUAUAUAUAUAUAUACUAAAAUCCCUAAGCCUAUGCUUAUGGAUUAUGUUUUAUAAACUGUAGUACUUCUUUACUAAAUCAUUACUCUAAAAUGAUGGAAAACAUUAAAUAAAA